CUAAACAACUAAUAAUCUUAUUUAUGUUUGUGGAGACAUGUCUAAUUUUUUCUUCUAAUUGUGUAGAAUGAAGUUGAUGUUAUCGAGUGGAGAGUAAAUAAACUUAAUAUACAAGGAGGAAGAAGGUUUCAAUUAAUCAUGUUAUUUAUGGAUAAUUUGUGAUUUGCUUCAAUUUUAUUGAGUUUUUUUAGAUUGGUGUUGAAUAAUUUGUAUAGUUAAUUUGUGAUUUGCUUGAAUUUUCUAGAAUGGUGGUCUAUAUAUGAAUAAUUUGUAUUGAGAGAUUGAUAUUUAACUUGAAUUUUGAUGGGAACUAGUUAUUGUAAAUUUUUUACGACAAAAACCCGUGGGUACCCAUGAAUCCGCGGAUACCCAGCGGGUUGGUUUGGGUUUGAGUUUUUCAAACCCAGUGGGGUUUACCCCGGGUUUUUUUCACGGAUAAACCCAUGGGUGUGGGUUUGGAAAAAUCCGACCCAACUCGAGCCAUUGUCAUCCCUACAUAAGAGGUGACAAACCAGUUACUUUAUUCACCUAUUUUUGUGCUCAUUCACGGUAGUUAGUGUUUAUUCACGUAAAACUAUACUAUUUACGUAAGAGUAGGGGUGGGGGUUCAGUUACCGGUUUCCGGUUAAAUCGAUAACCGUAACCGAUAUAAUCGAAAUUUGGUCGGUUAUCGGAGGCUGGGCGAGAUGGUUUUGGUCCUGGAGGAGGUGUGGUUAACCGAGAUAACCGAAGCCUAUUUUGGUCCGUUGUCGGUUGGGGGCCCGACCUUUCGUUAACUGAUAACCGACCGUUUGGUUACCGGUUAUAACCGAAAUAAUUGAAAAUCCACCCCUACGUAAGAGUAUAAGUUAUUCACGUAAAUGAAAAUCCAUACUUUUUUCUACUACUAAUUUGUAUUGGCUAUAUUUUAUGAAACUAAUUCUCUAUUAAUUUGUAAAAAUGUGUUGGAUUGAUCACAAUUUGCACAAUGACAUCCAUUUUUUUAUAAAAUGUUUAAAACGUGAAUAAGUAACAAUAUGCACGUGAAUAAACACUAGGUUGCGUGACUAAACAGUAUUGGUUGGGUGGAUAAUCAACAUUCUUACGCGAAUAACGCCAAUAUGGCGUGAAUAAACUCAAAUUUAUGCGAAUAAAUGAAAACAUGCGCGAAUUAGGCGUUUUGUCUCUAGAGGUGACAAAAGACUUCUCUCAAUAAAAUAUUGCUAAAACAAAUUAAGGGUAAUAGAGGGGGGUAUUCUGGUCAUUUCCCAAUCAAUUUAACAACCGUUUAACAAAAAAUUAGACUGAAUUGUAUAUUUGUUAUGUUUUCAUAUUAGAGCAGUAUGUUUGUGUAAAAGGAAUCAAUCAAUUGAUUAAUAAUUGUCAUAUUAUAUUUUGGAUGUGGCUGGCUAGCGGCUACCAUUUUCAACCAAUCAAAGGUUGAACCGACCUUGCAACUCAGAAUCAAUUGGCCAACAGAACCAAAAAGUAGAAGAAAGAUACGACUAGGCUACUAGUCCAAAACUACUCCCACCACCUAAUAAAAACCAAAAUCCCACCACGCUCCUUUUCCCUCUUCCUUUUGUUUGCGCUUCCUUCUGCUCGCCGCAGCCACCUCCGGUAGGCGGCUUCCCCAGGAGCAAUGGCGGUCGGCGUCCUCGCCUUACAGGGUUCUUUUAACGAACACAUUUCCGCUCUCAGCCGAUUGGGAGUGAAGGGUGUGGAGAUUAGGAAGCCAGAGCAGCUUCAGAACGUCAGCUCGCUCAUCAUUCCUGGUGGGGAAAGCACCACCAUGGCCAAGCUUGCCGAGUACCACAACAUGUUUCCUGCUUUGCGCGAGUUUGUGAAAAUGGGGAAGCCAGUGUGGGGGACAUGUGCAGGUCUUAUCUUCUUGGCAGAGAAAGCCGUCGGACAGAAAACUGGAGGUCAGGAGCUAGUUGGUGGCCUCAAUUGCACUGUCAAUAGAAAUUACUUUGGCAGUCAGAUUCAAAGCUUCGAGGCAGAGCUUUCGGUCCCAAAAAUUGUGAGCCAGGAAGGUGGGCCGGAAACAUUCCGAGGUGUGUUCAUCCGUGCUCCAGCUGUUCUUGAAGUUGGACCAGGAGUCGAAGUAUUGGCCGAGUAUCCUGUCCCAUCUGCUAAUGUAUUGUAUUCCAGUUCUGCUGUUCAAAUCCAGGAGGAAAAUGCUGUCCCUGAGAAGAAAGUCAUUGUAGCAGUGAAGCAGGGGAACAUACUGGGGACUGCCUUCCAUCCUGAGCUCACUGCAGAUACGCGGUGGCACAGCUAUUUCCUAAAGAUGGCAAAUGAAACUGGAGAAGCAUCCUCGAGUAGCCUUGUCCCUGCCGUUGGAGUAAAUGCAGCCAUUGGUGAAAGACCAAGGAUUGACCUACCGGUGUUCCAAUAGAGGCAGCAGCAGUAGUUACAGUGCACGUUUCUUUUCUACCAGAAGAAACUGGCUUUUGUCUUUCACACAGAAAUCCAAUUAUGCUGAUUCCUUCAUCUAGUUGAGACUUGGAGGUUAGCCACAAAUUCCAUCUUGAAAUGUAUAUAAACAGCUCAUUUGUUC